UCGCAGGUGAUUAUUAGUCCCUAUCCAUUUACGUUUAUAUAUUUUCUCUUCAGGGUUUCAAACCCUUGUUAGUCCCUCUCUCUUCUUCUAUCUGACUUUCUCUCUGGGUCUCGCCGCCUCUAUUCGGAAAUCAUGCCUCGCCGAAGCUCAGGUGGAAGAUCCGCACCUCGUCGUCCCGCACCAGUGCGUAACCCUCCCCAACCAGCAAGCCGUGCUCCCCCUCCUGCUCCUGUUCAAGGUAGCAGUGGUGGAUCCAUGCUCGGAAGCCUUGGCUCGACAAUAGCUCAAGGCAUGGCUUUUGGUACUGGAAGUGCAGUGGCUCACAGGGCUGUGGAUGGUGUGAUGGGUCCUCGUACCAUUCAACAUGAAACUGUUGGCGCUGAAUCAGCUGGCACUCCUGCACCCACCACAAGCAGUAUGGGUGCCUAUGAUGCUUGCAGUGUGCACUCAAAAGCAUUCCAAGAUUGCCUGAAUAGCUCUGGGAGCGACAUCGGCAAGUGUCAGUUCUAUAUGGAUAUGCUGGCUGAGUGCAAGAGGAACACUGCUACCGGACUUAGUGCUUGAGUACUACAGUGGUGCUUUGCAAUAUGAACUAUUCAUUUUUAUGCUUUUGGUUACUGGUUGUGGCGAUGCUACACUAUGAUUAAGGAUUACCAUUAUCAGUCGUCAUUGGCAGCUAGUACUUAAUUUGUUCUUAUUAAUACUGUCUUCAAUAAUGUUUUUAAAACUCAGCUGCUCAGUUGACAACAUGUUUCAUCUUUAUGGAAUGGAGGCUACAUCUGAACACUGAAAUAUGUUUAUUGUCUGUUUGAUUUGAUGCAAUGUGUGUUGUGGUUUUUAUAA